AGAUAACGCUAGGAAGCUAUUAAAUAGAAGGAGCGGCCGAUAUGUAUUUAUUUGUUAAGAACAAAUUUAGAGGUACGGAGAUGAUAAUUUAACUUCAUGUACAUGACUUAAAAGUGCCCUUUGGACUUCUUAGCAACAUGUACAUUAAUGUCCAUAAAUGUAUUUUUGUCAUUAUUCACGUGCUUCUUGUCGGUGCGAGAAAAGAGAGACGAAAUGUCCUUUUCAUCAUUGCUGACGACCUAAGGACAUCUUUGGGAUGCUAUGGAGAUGUUACAGUAAAAUCACCAAACAUUGACCAACUGGCAUCCAAAAGCCAUGUUUUUCUAAAUGCGUUUGCACAGCAAGCAGUGUGUGCCCCAAGUCGAACAUCCAUGUUAACAAGUCGAAGACCAGAUACAACUAGGCUGUAUGAUUUUAAAUCCUACUGGAGAGUGCAUUCUGGAAACUACACCACUCUUCCACAGUACUUUAAAUCCCAAGGUUAUACAACAUUCUCUGUGGGAAAGGUUUUUCACCCAGGCAUCGCCUCAAACUACACCGAUGACUAUCCUUACAGCUGGUCCAUCCCUGCAUACCACCCUGCUUCAUUCAGAUUUGAGAAAGGAAAGAUGUGUAGAGGAGAGGAUGGUCAUCUCCAUGCCAACCUGCUGUGUGCAGUCAAUGUCACCGAGCAGCCUGGAGGAACACUCCCUGACAUGGAGAUAGCGGAUGAGGCGGUGAGACUACUGAAAACUCAAGCCACUGAUGGCAAUCCUUUUUUUCUGGCUGUGGGCUUUCACAAACCUCACAUUCCCUUCCGGAUACCACAGGAGUAUCUGCGGCUCUACCCAAUAGAGCAAAUGACUCUGGCACCUGAUCCAGAUGUUCCCAAACGCCUUCCCCCUGUAGCUUACAACCCUUGGGCAGACAUUAGAAAGCGAGAUGAUGUCCAAAAGCUCAACAUUAGCUUCCCUUAUGGACCAAUUCCUAAAGAUUUUCAACUUCGCAUCCGCCAGCACUAUUAUGCUGCAGUGUCCUACAUGGAUGCCCAGGUUGGGCGACUGCUCAGUGCUCUGGAUGCCCUGGGGCUGGCUCAGAGCACACUAGUGGUUUUCACCUCUGAUCAUGAGAACUGCUUCUUAUGUUUGGCCAACACCCUCAACACUCUGAGCUGGUCGCUCGGCGAGCAUGGCGAAUGGGCGAAAUACUCCAACUUUGACGUGGCAACACAUGUUCCUCUUAUCUUCUAUGUCCCUGAAGCAUCUGCAUCUUAUAGUGGGUUUAAAAGACCUUCCUUUCCCUUUAUGGAUGUCUUUAGCCAACCAGAGUUCAUCUUUAAUAUUGAUAAUGUUGUACGAAAUGUAGUGGAGCUUGUAGCUGUUUUCCCAACCGUCUCCCACUUGGCUGGUCUAAAAAUACCUCCACCCUGUCCUGAGGUUUCUUUCCAGAAAGAGCUGUGUACAGAUGGAAAGAACUUGUCCCAAGAAUUCAACUCUCCCCUCAAAAUUAAUAUGGAGGCAGUGUCUUUCAGCCAAUACCCACGACCUGCUGACACACCACAGGAGGACUCAGACCUGCCUGACCUUAAAGACAUAAAGGUGAUGGGCUAUUCAUUGCGCACCUAUGACUACAGAUUCACUCUGUGGCUGGGCUUUGACCCUAAGACAUAUCAGGUCAACGUAUCUAAUGUCCAUGCUGGAGAGCUGUACAUGCUAUUAGAUGACCCCGGCGAGGACAACAACGUUUAUGAUGAUCUUGAGCGGCACAGCAUGAUGAAGAUGAUGAGCAGGAAAAUGAAGAGCGUGCCUCCUACUGGGAGUGUACAGACGAGGAUGAAGCUGCAGCUCCAUUACCUCACAGCAGGAAUGAAGAUGAGUGGAAGGACAAGGCAAUGACAGAUGGCUGUAGAGUGCACACAAGCAAUAAACCCACAAAAGGGAAACAACUUUUUCUUAUAAAAUAAGCCUUUGAUUUGAAUCUAAAAUGCUAUUUUGCACUGUUUGAAUUUACAGCAACUGUCAUAUAAUCUGCAGUUUUUGUGACACAAGGUCAGAUUUCAACAGCAAGCACUCUCAUGGACUGCUUUAAUUAGUUGUAAAUUAUUCUGUUAAUUUUAUACACUGCUUCCUCGAGGAAUGCUGAUAAUGAGUGUUGAGCAUGUUUGAUAUUUCAAGGCAUUGUUUCUACAGGUUUUGUAUUAAUUCAUAUUUCUAUUGCACUUCGUCACCUUGUACACAACUGAGCUCAAUCUGUGCACACAUGCUAUCUGUAAUAAUUGAGUACCAACGAAGACUUUCCCACACUA